GCGCGGCCCCAGCCCCGGGAUUCUUGUCUCUGCGGUGGCGCGCCUAAUUACGCUGGGAACAGACGCCCUGGUGUCUUUGCUCCUGACCGACGUUACUUUUCGAGUUUUCAAGUCGGCCUUACACACUAGGUAGUUCACCUCCAUUUUGGAGCUGAGGCCGAACUGAGACUCAGGUAAAAUGACUUGCCCAAGAUCAUCCAGCUUAAGGAACGAGGGGUCAUCAAACUUUGGUGUAUGUGCUGGCCAGUUUUGACAUCUCCUUGAAGGAGCGCUGCAUUGAGGAAGAUCAAAACAAGACUGUUUGCAAAUUUUAGGGAAUGGACCGUUUGGGUUCCUUUAGCAAUGAUCCCUCUGAUAAGCCACCUUGCCGAGGCUGCUCCUCCUACCUCAUGGAGCCUUAUAUCAAAUGUGCUGAAUGUGGGCCACCUCCUUUUUUCCUGUGCUUACAGUGUUUCACUCGAGGAUUUGAGUACAAGAAACAUCAAAGUGAUCAUACUUACGAGAUCAUGACCUCAGAUUUUCCUGUUCUUGACCCCAGCUGGACUGCUCAAGAAGAAAUGGCCCUUUUAGAAGCUGUGAUGGACUGUGGCUUUGGAAAUUGGCAGGAUGUAGCCAAUCAGAUGUGCACCAAGACCAAGGAAGAGUGUGAGAAGCACUACAUGAAGCAUUUCAUCAAUAACCCUCUGUUUGCAUCUACCCUGCUGAACCUGAAGCAGGCGGAGGAGGCAAAAACUACUGAUACAGCCAUUCCAUUUCAUUCUACAGAUGACCCUCCGCGACCUACUUUUGACUCCUUGCUUUCUCGGGACAUGGCAGGAUACAUGCCAGCUCGAGCAGAUUUCAUCGAGGAGUUUGACAAUUAUGCAGAAUGGGACUUGAGAGACAUCGAUUUUGUUGAAGAUGACUCUGACAUUUUACAUGCUCUGAAGAUGGCUGUCGUAGAUAUCUAUCAUUCCAGGUUAAAGGAGAGACAAAGGCGAAAAAAAAUUAUAAGAGACCAUGGAUUAAUCAACCUUAGAAAGUUUCAGCUAAUGGAACGGCGGUAUCCCAAGGAAGUCCAAGACCUUUAUGAAACAAUGAGGCGAUUUGCGAGGAUAGUGGGGCCAGUGGAGCACGACAAGUUCAUUGAAAGCCAUGCACUGGAAUUUGAACUCCGAAGGGAAAUCAAGAGGCUCCAGGAAUACAGGACAGCAGGCAUUACCAAUUUUUGUAGUGCCCGAACCUAUGACCACCUCAAGAAGACGCGGGAGGAGGAGCGCCUUAAGCGCACCAUGCUCUCUGAAGUGCUCCAGUACAUCCAGGACAGCAGUGCUUGCCAGCAGUGGCUCCGUCGGCAAGCCGACAUUGAUUCUGGCCUGAGCCCUUCUGUUCCGAUGGCUUCAAAUUCAGGUCGACGAAGUGCACCACCUUUGAACCUCACUGGCCUUCCUGGCACAGAGAAGCUGAAUGAAAAAGAAAAGGAGCUCUGUCAGAUGGUGAGGUUGGUCCCAGGAGCCUAUUUAGAAUACAAAUCUGCUCUAUUGAACGAAUGUAACAAGCAAGGAGGCUUGAGACUGGCGCAGGCAAGAGCACUCAUCAAGAUAGAUGUGAACAAAACCCGAAAAAUCUAUGAUUUCCUCAUCCGAGAAGGAUACAUCACUAAAGCCUGAGGCUCUGAGGGCCUGGGAUCAGAAAUCACAAGUUUGGAAUGCGGUGGGCCGAAGGACAGCACAGGCGCUCUGGAGCGUUUCGUUGCUGAGCUGAAUUCUCAUUGUAAAAAGAGAGGAAGGACAAAGGGAACCUUACGUUGUAUUAAUAUCUCCUUUCUUCUCUACCCUGCUUUAAAACACUCCUGUUGUUGGUGUUGUGCUGCAGAGUUAUGUGCUAGAUAAGCUAUUAUUAAAUGUGAGUGGGCCUUUAUUCCCAACACCUCUUGUAACUAAAACAAGAACCAUAGUACCUCCCAUCAGAGUGUUGGUAGAAAUAGAACUGAACCAGGCUGUGGUCCCAGGAGUCCAGCUCAGAUCUUUGUACUUGGGAGGCUGGUUUUCUGAUUAUGUUUUGCUUUCAAACAUUACAGAAAGAUCUAAAAUAAAGGGAAAGGUUAUAGAGCAUGAGAAAGCUUUCUCUUCCCUUCUGAGGAUUUUUUAAGCUGACGACUUAACGUUUAUGAGCAAAUGGGAGGAAAAAAAAUCUCUCCGUGAUGGUCUUGUCCCAAACUACGUCUUUCCCUUUUAAUGUUUGGCUUUGUACUUUGCAGUCUGUCUAAUGUGCAGUAGACUUUUGAGGAGGUGGCACCGGAUAUAAAAUGUCUCUGUUAUUUUUAGAAUUAAUGGAUUAAAAUGUUUUGCUACUUAAUUUGUGGGUGUGUCAAGUAUUCUGGUAACUAAAGCACACUUAGGGUGUUAAAUGCCCGCCUCAUCACGCUGCACUGUCUCUGCUAACAUGUGUGUCCUGGCGUCACCCUGUUCUUGCCCUGGGUUUCCCAGGAUUCCAGGCCCCUGAGGAUGGAGAUGACACAGCUAACCUCGGCUUUGCUUGGAUUGAGACCUGAACCCUAAUUUCUCAGUGGUGACAGGCCAGCCUUCAAUAAAAGCUACUUUUAAAACAAAAGUAAAGCAGUUUUGUAUAUGGGACUCACUAGGUACGAGGGUGAGUAACCCCACCACAUCUGAAACUUGAUCCUCAAACCUUUCCACAAAACAAGAAGCCAAACGUGGAGUCAUGGUUAUCCCAUUUCUGUUAGAAGCAAAGUUUUUUGUAGAAAUAACUUCAGAAUCUGCAAUAAAUUGCCUCCAGUAGCUGAAUGAUUCUUUAAUUCUUUCAGUAUCCAACAUAUCUAAUUCAAAUAUCAUAUGCUUUGUUGGAAGUAUUUGCUCAAACUUUUUGACUCCUGUAAAUAUGCAUGCUUAUCUGGCAGUUGCAGAUGAAAAGGACACUCAGGAUCUGAGGGAAUUAGAAUAAAAGACUUCAACCUUGAAAA